AUGAAAGAAGAACAAAGAGAUAUAUAUUCAUUGAUUCUUAAUCAAUUGGUACAUGAUGGUUUUAUCCAUGAAGCAACAAAACUGAGUGAAUCUACUAUGAUUCCUUGUCCACUACCUCAAGAUGCAACCAACAAACUAACACAACUCUUACAAUCUACAUUGGCACCAUCUAAAGAUUUAAAUACAUUCGAUGAUGACGAUGGUAAAGAAAUGGAUAUUGGAAAUGAUAAAAUGAGAUGUUUAGAUUUAGAUAGCAAUAGUAGUAGUAGUUCAACGAGUGGUGGUGGUGGUGGAACUGCCUCAGCUUCAUCACCGCCACUAAAUAAAGUAUCGUUUUUAACAAAGUUUAUUACAACUCACAAGAAUGCAUGUCGAUGUGCCAAGUUCAGUUGGGACGGUAAGUUUGUUGCAACUGGCUCGUCCGACACCUCCAUAAAGCUGCUCGACGUAAACAAGAUGCGUAACUACAAUCAAACAAAGAAUGAAACAACCGAAGACUUUGCACCUUCGCGACCAGUGGUGAGAACGUUCUACGACCACUCGCAACCGAUCAGCGAUCUCGACUUCCACCCGUCCGCACCGAUAUUGGCAUCCGCCUCGAAAGACUGUACGAUUCGUUUCUACGAUUACAAAUCAUCGUUGAAACGCUCAUUCAAAUUCAUUCAGGACAGUCAUAGUGUGCGAACGAUCAACUUCCACCCGUGUGGCGACAUGCUACUGGCUGGUACCGAUCAUCAUAUGAUUCGACUGUACGACGUCAAUACAUUCCAAUCGUAUACUGCGCGUAAAGUCAAUGAACAUCAUCACGGUGCAAUCAAUCAGGUGCGUUACUCACUCGAUGGCAACAUCUUUGCAAGCUGCUCCAAAGACAACACCAUCAAAAUCUGGGAUGCAACCAACUUUGGCUUGAUCAACACGAUUGGCUCGCCACACAACGCCAAAGAAGUAACAUCGAUACAGAUCUCACGUAAUCAAAAGUAUCUACUGUCGUGCGGACGUGAUAGCUAUGUUAAACUAUGGGAGAUAUCAUCGGGUCGUAUGAUACAUUCAAUCAACACCGGUGUAAAUCAAUUUGGAAAUAACAAAAAUAGAUUAUGUGCUACUUUUAAUUGUACAGAAGAUUUUAUUAUAACAUUGGAUGAACAACCAUCAUCGGUUGCUAUUUACAAUUCAACGACAGGCGAACCAGUUCAAAAACUAUCGGGACAUAUUCAAUCAAUAAGAUGGAUUGCUUCAUCGCCGGUGGAGAAUGCAUUGAUGACAUGUAGUAAUGAUCAUCGUGCUCGUUUCUGGACUGAAGAUACAACCAAUUACAUUCCAUCAUCUUCAACAUCGUCAUCCUCAUUAUCAAUAACAAAUACAAAACAACCUGAUAUAAUAUUAUAA